AGGAGCCGCCGCGGGCGGCCGGGGCGCAGGAACCCGGAGGCCCCAUUGCGGGUGGCGGCGGGGACGGGGGCGGCGGUCGCGCCGCUGCUGGAGCUGCCGCCGCCGCCGCCGCCGCUGCUGCUGUCACAAAAAGGCUCCGAGGGUGGGGUGGGAGGCGGGGAAGCGCCGGGGGCGCCGCCGAUAUGGGCACCGGCCCGCCGCCGCCGCCGCUGUGAGCAGCCUCCUUCCCCGCGGGGCGGCGCGCCCCUCGGAGCCGGGGCCGUGGGCUUCCAGGCCGGAGCGCGGCGCGGACGGACGGACGGACGGACGGCCGCACCCCGACAUGUAACCAUGGACUGCCGGACCAAGGAAAAUCCAGAAAGGACCUUUGACUUGGUAUUGAAAGUGAAAUGUCCCACUUCAGAAAAUGAAGAUCCGGUGGUGUUGUGGCAAUUCCCAGAAGAUUUUGGAGACCAGGAAGUACUACAGAAUGUGCCAAAGUUCUGUUUCCCCUUUGACAUUGAAAGGGUGUCUCAAAACCAAGUUGGACAGCACUUUACCUUUGUACUGACAGACAUCGAAAGCAAACAGAGGUUUGGCUUUUGCAGACUUACAUCAGGUGGCAAAAUUUGCUUAUGCAUCCUUAGUUACCUGCCUUGGUUUGAAGUAUAUUACAAACUUCUUAAUACACUUGCAGAUUACUUGGCUAAAGAGUUGGAGAACGAUUUGAAUGACACCCUUAAAUCGCUCUAUAACCACCCUGUACCAAAGGCAAACACUCCUGUGAAUUUAAGUGUGAACCAAGAUAUAUUUAUUGCCAGUGAGCAAGUUCUGAAAGAUCAGCCCUCCCUAGUACCGCAUUCCUACUUCAUUGCCCCCGAUGUAAGUGGACUUCCAACAAUACCUGAAAGUAGAAAUCUCACAGAAUAUUUUGUUGCUGUGGAUGUGAAUAAUAUGCUUCAACUGUAUGCCAGUAUGCUUCACGAGAGGCGCAUCAUUAUUACCUCCGGAAAAUUAAGCACUUUAACUGCCUGUCUCCAUGGAUCAGUGGCUCUGCUGUACCCCAUGUACUGGCAACACAUAUAUAUCCCAGUGCUCCCCCCCCACCUGCUGGACUACUGCUGUGCCCCAAUGCCAUACCUGAUUGGAGUACACUCCAGCCUCAUAGAGAGAGUGAAAAAUAAAUCACUGGAAGACGUGGUUAUGCUAAAUGUUGACAUGAACACUCUAGAAUCGCCAUUUAAUGACUUGAACAGCCUACCUAGUGAUGUGGUCUCGGCCCUGAAAAAUAAACUGAAGAAGCAGUCUACAGCUACUGGGAAUGGAGUAGCUAGGGCCUUUCUUAGGGCACAGGCUGCUUUGUUUGGAUCCUACAGAGAUGCACUGAGAUACAAACCUGGUGAACCAGUCACAUUCUGUGAGGAGAGUUUCAUAAAACACCGUUCAAGUCUGAUGAAACAUUUCUUGGAAAAUGCAGUUAACCUCCAACUUUUUAAGCAGUUUAUUGAUGGUCGGCUGGCGAAACUUAAUUCAGGAAGGGGUUUCUCUGAUGCAUUCGAGGAGGAGAUUACUUCGGGUGGCUUUUCUGGAGGAAAUGCAAGAUCAUAUCAACAAUGGGUACAUACAGUCAAGAGAGGAGGUGCUCUAUUCAACACAGCAAUGACCAAAGCAACUCCUGCUGUAAGAACAGCAUAUAAAUAUGCAAAAAGUCAUGCAAAGCAGGGAAUAAAGGAAGUGAAAAGUAAGCUAAAACACAAGGAAAAUGAGGAAGACUGUGGUGGCACCUGCUCUGGCUCAGUCCAGUAUGCACCAGUUUACACACUGCACAAUGAAAAAAGACGGAGUCUAGAAAAACGUAAGCUUGCACAGACCUGCACCACCAACAAGAACUUUUCAGCUUUCCAAGUAGAUCCCAAUCUUGAUCCACUUCACAGGAUACUGGCCCGCUUGAAAAAGCCUCUUAGGCGCCUCGAUGGUGUUCUGGAUGAUGAUGAGGAGGAGGAGGAGGAGGUUGAAAGAUCAAGCAAGUUGUCCUCUGAAGAUGGGGAAGAGGCAUCUACUUAUUUUUAUGAAAGUGAUGACUCUAUUGAAACAAGAGUAAAGACUCCUUAUGCAGGUGAAAUGGACUUACUAGGUGAGAUCCUUGAUACAUUGAGCACACACAGCUCAGAUCAAGGAAAGCUUGCGGCAGCAAAGAGCUUGGAUUUCUUUAGAUCAAUGGAUGAGAUUGAUUACAAACCUACGAAUAAAUCCAAUGCUCCUAGUGAAAAUAAUCUGGCCCUACUUUGCGGUGGUUCUGGCGACCAGACAGAGUGGCAUCUCGGGCAGGAUGACAGUGCCCUCCGUGGCAAACACCUGCCUCCUUCUCCCCGAAAGCGAGUUUCCUCUAGUGGUUUGGCAGAGUCUCUGUUCAUGCUGAAAGAGGAAAACAAUGAAAAGCACCUCAAUGCUGACCAUGCGAGCAGCCCCAUAGUACAGGAAAAGGCAGCUUCUGCUUCAGGAGUGAAUUUCAAACUACUUUCUUCUGAAGUCUCCCAAACUGAAAAAGGAAAAACAGAACAAAAGGAAACACUAAGUGAGGUUUCAGAUGAUCUGCCUCUACCCAAUCUUGGGCGGCGUGCCUCUACUUUUGUUCCUUGGGAGAAAGAAGGGAAAGAAGCCCAAGAGACUUCAGAAGAUGUUGGAUUACUUCAUGAAGUCGUGUCACUAUGUCCCAUAACACCUGCCUUCCAAAAAGACUUCACUGUUUCAAAAGAAAACACAAGGGGAAAUCAAGCCUAAAUCAGCAAUUGUCAGUCAUUUGCAUCAAGCUUCUAUAGAGACAUUUGAAGAUUUCACAUAAUCUGUAAACAAUUAUUAGUAGGAAUA